UGCCUUGUUACCAUGACAACAAAUGCCUGCGUUUAGCUACCUAAACUCGCUUCCACUGCCAACGUGUGGAAUCUAAAAUUACACCUAUUUUAGAAUCACAAAAAUAUCUCUUUAAAUCUUUACGACUCUGCGUUCAGUUAGUCGACUUGUCACAUCUUUCUGUUUAUUCCGAGGGUGUAACAGCGUCUGCUGUGGACUCUGACAACCAUCUGCCAACUGAGGGAAGCUGUCAUAGCAUGUCUGAAAACAAAGAGGGAUAUUGCUUGAAUACUGAUGGAGUUGGAGUGAAUGUUUCCUGUAUUUUUCCAAAUGGGGACAAAUAUGAGGGCCAGUGCAGCAGGUCUGCAUCUGGAGCGCUCGUGAGGAGUGGCAUCGGAAAACACACUUCAGCCAGCGGCAUCAUAUACAUGGGAGAGUGGUGUGAGGACAAAAUGCUGGGCAGGGGGAGCCUGCAGUUUCCAUCUGGGGCUCUGUAUGAAGGAGAAUUCAAAGACAACAUGUACCACGGAUCAGGAACAUACAUCUUCCCAGAUGGCUCUGUGUAUCGGGGCCACUUUCGCAGUGACAGGUUGGCGGGAGAGGGAACAUUCACUGAUGCACAAGGACUGAGUUGGACUGGAGACUUCCACGGUGAAACAGUGCUUGGUCUCAAACUGCUGCACAACCUCUAAACAAGGGACGACAAACUGUUGGAAGAACCACUGCACCAAAACUAAAAUGCAUUAAGAAAAAACUAAACAGCCGACACUUAUCCCACACAGAUUGUUUCUGAAUCUUCAAAACGCGAUUGUUUUCAUGACCUCUAAGUGUUAUGCUCAGAGAAGAGUCUGAAUGCCUGUUAAUAAUUUUUAUCUUACAUGAUCCUAUUUUACCUAUUUCCAAAAAACUUCCAUCCUUAUGAUUUUAAAUGUUGAAUAAACAUUGAAAUGUGAACAAUGUAGAACAAUGACAUGUUGGAAAACUUUAGGAAGAAGCUUAAACUUAAGUAUAGUUUCUUUUAAAAUAUGCUUUAUUUAAAUUAUUUCUCUUUUUAUCUAAACAGUGUGGAAUAAAAAGUUUGUCUCUGA